UGCGAGAUGAAUUCUCAAAACAGGAAAAAACAAAAGUGGAGGCAUCGAAUGGGACCUAUUAAUUUUGCUAGAGUACGCGUGGCAUUGCGUGCAGCCAAAGACAACAACGAAGAACCAUCAAAGCCUGAAAUAUUUAUUGCAACUCGUACCAAGACGGGAAAGGAAAUCCAGGCUGAUACCCAAGUUGCAAUAGUUGAACUUCAUAAUCGCCAAAAUUCUGGGGAAACAGCUUAUGAUGCAUUUAGGGCAGUGUUUGGAAAGGAGCAGCCUGGUCGAGUUAAGUGCUAUGGUAGAUCAGUGACAACAAGUUCAUUGAAGAAAGAUGAGGAAAUUAACAAUCUAAAACAAAAACAUGCCGAUGAAAUCACUUCUCUAAAGGAAGAAUUGAGAGAAAAAAUGCAACAUUUAUUCACUCAAUUGCUACAAAACAACCCUGGAUUGAAUUUUCAGGAUAUACCAGGGUGUGUUGGAUCUAACCUUGCUUCACCUAUUGAUGCAAGUAGUGCACAAGCUGUAAGAGGCACAUAUCUUCCAUUUUCUUCGGGGUUAGCUCAAGAUUCAGUUCUUCAAAAGGUGGUUGUGGCUGUUAGUAUUAAUGUGCUGCAGCCUGUGAUUAAAAUGUGUACAUGCUAG